GUGGAAGCUUUCUGGAAGCAGACUGACAAAGCCCAGCAGGCUUUUUUGGACCAAUCAAAAUGCUCAAGUGCCAAAGCAGCAAAGAUAACGAUGGAUCUGACCGAGAAGAUGAUUGCAGUAGAAAGCUUAUUAAGUGAAUCUCAAGAUUUGCAGGCAAUGGACAUUCAGGAAAGGUUAUUCCACUGGGAGUUUAUGGUGAAAAUGAUCGAUUCACUGAAGUCCUAUAUACCAGAAGAGUGCAAGUGUAGAUUAAAUACUGUAUCAAAUAUUCUGGACCAUUUAACUGUAAAGAAUAAUCUCUCAGUCCGACAAAAGGAAGAACUUCUAACGGAUCUGCACAGAGCCUUCUGGGAACAGCUGGCACAUUUCAGCAAUGAAUGCAUCCAGCAAAGUAAAGAUCUGAUCUUGAAACGACUGGAGUGCCGUGCAGAGAAAAGAGAAGAGUUCAAACACAGACAGAAAGCUGAACAAGGGAGUCUCCUCAGUAAAACUUUUCAUAUUGAAGAUGUUCAUGAUUUUCUUAAGGCUUACCACGAGCUGUUAGAGAAGCAUCGGCAAGCACAGUGGGAACUGGAGGAGGAGGAUGACUGCAAGAGCACAGAGGCUGUUGCAGAUCUCUACAAGGAGCUGUACUCUAAAGCUUCCCAUGCUUUAACGGAGUUGGUGACAGAGCUGUUUCUUCAGACCCUGCCUGUUGUGACUGGCCUCUCUGUAAGAGAAUGCGAGCUUCUGAAAGAGGAAUGGCUGGAAAAUUUGGUUCCUCAGCUGGAGAAAUGGGAGACCCACCGCCAGAGACACUGGAAGCUUUUCCAGGAACAGCUAUUGCAAGAAAAAAAACUCUGGAUAAAGGAAUAUGCUCUGUCUGCUGUGAUGCAAAAGCACCUCUCUGACAAACAAGAGAAGAUAAUUCAAGGUGUCGUAAGCAGACUAGGAUGCCUCAGUGAUGAGUCUGUUAACUAUAUCCUUCAAAAACACCGACUUCUGCUGUGUUCAGUACUCACAAGGUUAACUCUCCGAAGAGUUGGAAUGGCAGCCCUGGCCCGCAUGAGACUGUCCAGAAAGAAGAGCUUGCUUCAGGAACUGAGAGAGCAACAUACCCUGCAGAAGGGAUCCUCUCCCUGCCAAGAUGAGGACCAGUGGCAGUUACAGAAGGCGGUGGAGUCCCACAUUCUGGAAGAGGAGGAGAAGCUCGAGGAAGAAACACAGCAAACCCAUUUAGAAUUUCACCAGCAGCUAGUCACAGAAAUUAAAGAAGCUCUUCAGUUUCUCCAGCAGCACAUGGAGCAGGUGAUUGGGCGGACACUGCUGCAGCAUGCCCGACGGGAAGCUGGAAAAAAGAGUUCAGAUGAUGGACAGGACUUCAAGGAGAGACUGGUGGAAGCUGCUGUAGAAAGUGUGUAUGGGACCAGCAAUAAUAUCAAUAAACUGGUGCAAAACUACUAUCAGCAGUUAGGAAAAAUCACAGAAGGCUAUGAGACAAAAAAGCUCCAACAAUUUAAAUCCUUACAAGCAGAAAGAAGUGAAAGGAACAGACUUAGGAAGAAACAAGAGAAUGAGCUGGUAUUGAAAGAAAAACAGACCAAAGGCCUCCUGAACGUGUCAUCCACAGUCCAUCAAAGGAUGGUACUACAGCAAAAGAAGGUUUUGUCUCAGUUUGAACUGCAGCAGCAAAUUCGUCUGGAGUCUCUGAAACAAAAGCUGCUGGGAUUGCAUCACCUAGAAACUGAGUUGGAGAAUCAGCUAAAGGAAGCAGAGCAGGACUUUGUGAGUGAGUUGGCUGCGCUGGCCCGAGUUCCGGUGGCAGUGAAGAAGAAGCCUUCAAAGAGGAACAAGCCAGCAGGGGAAAAAACAAACUCAAAAAUAAAGGCCUUUCAGUCACCAGAAUUGGAUGACAAAGAUAAUUCUCAUGAAAAUAUUCAAGAGCCCCCUGGACUGACUUCUGGCUUAUGCAGGGAGAGGUUACACAGUUCACAUGAAGGGGAGACUGAACCGAGGAAAAACUCAAAAGAUGCUAAAAAACAGAGGCAACAGGUAGUAAAAGCAUCUAUAUGAGCUGUCUGAACACAGA